UUGUGGGCUUGAACAUAACCUGCAUAAAAGCUUCAAAUAGCAGAAAAUAUCUUCACUCAUACUCUCUCUCUAGACACUUGUUUCACAGUAAUAUUGACAACAAAAAAUAUACAGGUGUAGAAAGACUUCACCUGAUACUAAACUUUGUUUUGGUAAAUAAAUGGACAUAAAAAGAGGCCGUUACUAUUCUUGAAAAAUAUCUGCUUAGUCAUUGCAGCAACCACCAACCUAUUGGCAAUCGGAUGCAAUAGUGGACCAUAGACUUUAAUACUUGAUCACUGCUUUCGAGGAAGAGAGCAAGAAGCAUCAUGUGAACUUGUCUGGAAGACCAAUAAGCAUUUCAAGUCAACUUACUUUUGCUAAACAUAAUAUCAGCUCCACACUUCCUUACCCUUUUGUGUUUGUGAGAGAUCUCAGUUUGACUGCACUUCCUUACCUUUCAUACUUUCUUGAUCUCGUGAACAUGGCUGCUGAACUUGUUGGAGGACCUUUCCUCUCUUCUUUUCUCAAUGUUCUUUUCGACAGGCUCUCCGAUCCUGAGAUUAUCAACUUGAUCCGAGGGAAGAAGCUUAGCCAGAAGAUGAUCCAGAGGUUCAAGGCAAUCCUGAAUGGGGCUGAGGCCUUGCUCAAUGAUGCUGAACGCAGACAAAUCAGAGAGGGGCCAGUGAAGGUCUGGCUGGACGAUCUCAAAGAUGCUAUCUAUGAGGCGGACGACUUCUUGGAUGAAAUCACCACCAAAGCUGCAACUAAGAAGGAUCAAGGUAACCGCCUAACUCGCUUUCUGAAUUUGAAAGAUAGAAAGAAGGUUACUAGGAUGGAAGAUGUCAUUGCUAGGCUAGAGUCCAUAGUGAAUCAAAAAGAUACUCUUGGCCUGAAAGAGAUACCAAUGGAGAACAUGUCAUGGAGAACUCCAUCCACGUCUCUAGUUAAGGUGUCUGAUGUAUAUGGCAGGGAUCAAGAUCGGAAAGCCUUAGUCAAAUUGUUGUUAGAUGAUGGUGACGUGUCCGUGAUCCCCAUCGUUGGCAUGGGUGGGAUAGGAAAAACAACUUUGGCUCAAUUGGUUUACAAUGAUGACGAAGUGCAGCAAAAGUUUAAUGUUAAAGCAUGGGUUUGUGUUGGAGAAGUAUUUGAUGUUCUUCGGUUGACAAAGAUUGUAAUAGAGGAAGUAACUUCUGAGUCUUGUGAACUAAAUGGCUUAAAUUCUGUUCAACAACGUUUGAGGAAUGUGGUAACAGGGAAGAGUUUUUUGGUUGUUCUGGAUGGCAUGUGGACCACUCAUUAUGAUGAUUGGAAAACUUUUCUAAGUCCCUUCUAAUAUAGAAGUCAGGGAGGUAAGAUUCUUGUAACAACCCGCAGUGAUAGAGUUGCUUCUAUGGUGAAAACAAUUCGAGCUCACAAUUUGAGUUUGUUGGAUGAUGAACAAUGUUGGUCGGUGUUUGCAAAUCAUGCAUUUUUUCCUACUGAAUCCCAAGAUCGUUCGGCUUUGAAAGAAGUUGGUAGAAAAAUUGUUGAGAAGUGCAAAGGACUGCCUUUGGCUGCUCAAUCACUUGGGGGCUUGUUGAGAACCAAGGUUGAUAUAAGCGACUGGGAAGAUGUUUUGAUGAGUGAGAUUUGGGAGUUUUCUGAAGAUGAGUGUAGGAUUCUGAUAGGGUGGAGCUCAGAAAUAAUAAUAAGAAGAAGGAAUGAGUUAUGUAUUUAUAUGUAAUUGAAGGAAUUUACAAGUAAUUGGUAUGUGAAGAACAUAUGUAAGUGUUGUAAGAAGAAAUAGGAAAAUAAAAGUGAAUAGUGCAGCAGAAUAAUGCAGAAGGGUAUAGUAAUUCUUCAAUUUCUCCAAGCAUAACGGUACCUGAAGAAUUAGAAAGAAAAUAGUUGAGUAAGGGAUAGAAGAGAAAAGAAUAAGGAAACAGGGGAGAAGAGAAGAGAGCACACAAGGGAAAGACAAUUGUACCAGCAAUCACUACUCCACAUAACCACCCAGCCUCUUGCUUUUAGUUCUCUCUCUAGUGCUCCUUCUUGGACCCUCAUCAUGCUUAUUGAGUGCCAGCUGUCCUUUU